AAGAGCCACCUGACCAAAUAUAAUUCUACAUCACUGCACUUCUGCCAAAGCGAAAAGCUCUUCUUUUUUCACCUCUGCCUAUCGUUGCGAUUUCAGAGCUCGCCUUCUUCACAGACUACUGGUAAGAUGGAUUGGCAGGGGCAAAAGCUCGCGGAGCAGCUGAUGCAGAUAAUGCUAUUGGCAUUCGCAGUGGUGGGAUUUGCGACGGGCUAUGUGUUAGGAUCUUUCCAGACGAUGGUUCUGAUAUACGCCGGCGGUGUGGUGCUCACCACGUUGAUCACCAUCCCCAAUUGGCCUUUCUUCAAUCGCCACCCUCUCAAGUGGUUGGACCCCAGCGAGGCCGAGAAGCAUCCCAAGCCCCAGCGCCAACAGCCCGUCACUUCCAAGAAGAAAUCCUCUAAGAAAUAGGUCUGUUUUUGAGUUGAUCAUAAUAAGAAAAGGAAAACUGACCUUAGCAUUUUCGUGGGUUUUAAUUCAUGGUUUGUGAUGUGUCUCUGCUAAAAAAAGAACAUCAGUGGAUACUGCUUACUAUAGUGUACUGUCUUAAACUUUUCCUUCUUAAGAGAAUGACUUGGAGUAUAAUUGCCGA